AUGGACACCAACAUCUCUCUCCUCAUGAACUUGUCUGCAGCGAACUCCAUGAAUAUAUCUGCAAGAAGCCAGUCAGUAUCUGCUGGCUACACGGCUCUGAAUGUCUUCUCAUACUUGAUGUUUGGAAUCACCUUCGUCCUUGGAGUGCUGGGCAAUGGGCUCGUGAUCUGGGUGGCCGGCUUCCGAAUGGUCCGCACAGUCACCACCAUCUCUUACUUGAACCUGGCCAUUGCUGACUUCUGCUUUACCUCCACGCUGCCGUUUUUUAUCGCCUCUAAGGCCAUGGGAGGACAAUGGCCAUUUGGUUGGUUCAUGUGCAAGUUCGUAUUUACCAUAGUAGACAUAAACCUGUUUGGAAGUGUGUUCCUGAUCGCCCUCAUUGCGCUAGACCGCUGUAUUUGUGUCCUGCAUCCAGUCUGGGCUCAGAACCACAGAACCGUGAGUCUGGCCAAGAAAGUAAUUAUCGGACCCUGGAUUUGUGCUUUUCUCCUUACCUUGCCAGUUAUCAUUCGUCUGACCACGAUCCCUAAUAAACCUGGGCCAGGGAAAACAGCCUGCUCUUUUGACUUCUCCCCUUGGACCAAAGAUCCUGUAGAGAAGAAAAAGGUGGCCAUCACCAUGCUUACCAUCAGAGGAAUUAUCAGAUUCAUUAUUGGUUUCAGCACACCCAUGUCCAUUGUUGCCAUUUGCUAUGGGCUCAUAGCCACUAAAAUCCACAGGCAAGGCCUGAUCAAAUCCAGCCGUCCCCUGCGGGUCCUCUCUUUUGUCGUGGCUGCCUUUUUCCUCUGCUGGUGCCCAUUUCAGGUAGUAGCCCUCAUAUCCACAAUAUUCAGAGUCAGUGAACGCAGCAUGACUCCAGGCCUCACAACUGCAGUGAACGUCACAAGCUCCUUGGCCUUCUUCAACAGCUGCCUCAACCCAAUGCUCUAUGUCUUCAUGGGCCAGGACUUCAGAGAGAGACUAAUCCACUCCCUGCCUGCAAGUCUAGAGAGGGCCUUGAGUGAGGACUCAGGCCAGACCAGCAACACAGGCAUCAACUUGGGCAACAAUUCCUCGUUACCUUCUGAAGACAGUGAACAGGCAAAGUGA